AUGGCGAAGCCGUUGGAAUCACACGGCGGCGUAGAGGCGGAGAAAGCGGAAGCGAUGAGGAGAUACAACAGCCGCCGAAGCUUCCGAUACGUUCUACGAGGAGUCGCGUUAGCUUCGUUGUGCUACUUGUGGUUCCCGACGGUGGCGAUUUCGCUGCAAACCGCCGGCGACUGUUUAUACCGGACCGCGGUCGUCGUUCUAACGAAUCGCUCCGUCGUCUUUGUCUUCGCUAACCUGAUCGUCGCUUUGAUUUUCGUUCUGUCUCGCGAUCGCGACGACGACGAGAGUAGCAGUGUUAGCACCGCGCCAGAUCUGUACGAUCGAUACACCUCGUUCUCCGCCGUGAACGUAACCGCCUCCGCCGAGAAAUUGGAAGACGACGAGAGAAGUUGUAGCACCGCCGUACCAGAUCAGAACACCACUUCGUCCGCCAUAACCGUAACCGCCUCCGCCGACGAGAAGGUGGAAGAUUAUACGAUGAAGCAAAUCGUUCCGGCGUUUUUCCCGGAGGUGGUAGUGGAGGCGGCGGUUUCAACGGAUGUAAAGGGGAUUUAUAGGAGGACGAAAUCGGAGGUGAAGAAGGAAAGUAGAUUCCGGCCGGUGGCGAUGGAGUAUCGGAGGACGGAAUCGGCGAAUUCGGCGUUAGAGAGGUUGAGUAGCGAGGAGUUUCGUUUGAAGGUAGAGACGUUUAUAAUGGAGAAGAAGAGGAGUCUUGUUCAGGAGCUUGAAAUAGAUUGUAGAGCAAGUCUCGUUGGUGGUGGUGGUGGUGGUGGUGGUGGUGGUGGGGACUCUGGCUAUGGCUCGUGCUAA